CCACCCAUGGGAAUGAGGGAAAGUUACCUGUAGGAGUAAUACGGUGUCGUAUUUUUCUUCAUUAAAACGCACUCCGUUUUACGUGUUUCGUCGUGCCACUAAGACAAACUCGAUUCGGGAGCGAACUCGGGUUCAACUGAGUCACAAAUGUCGAACUCACUCUCCGACAUCCAUAGCCAUCUCUCUCAAUUAACGAAGCCAAUCCUCGACUCGCUCUCGAAAACGCCAUAUACUCCUCAAGAAACCACAAAGAUCUCCACAAAAUCAACGCUCGAAUCUCUCCUCUCAACAAAACCAUCAGUCAAAGACUUCUCCUUAGCUUGCGCAUUACUCUCCUCUUCUAGCUCCUCAACUCACGAGCUUCUCACGUGGAUCCCCGGCCACCUCUCCACCGCCGCCGAAACAGCCUUUUCCGACCUCUCGAAAGCUUACAACGACGCCCUUCCAGGCGACGAGAAGAGAAAUUUGGUGGCGGGAUUGAUGCCGGAAAUCGUGCCGCUUUUGAAGGAGAAGAUUAGGGAGAGCUCCAUUGACAAGAGUGAUGAAAACAAUGAAGCUUUUGCCGCGUCGGCUAGGGUUCCCGUAGGGUUCGCCAUUUUGGCUGCUUAUCAAUUUAGAUGGUUCGUUUCUCAGGUUGAGUGUCCAGAUUUGGGUAAAAUGGUAAAUUUGGUUAUUCCUUGUGCAUUAACAUGUCUUGAUCACUGGUCACCGGAGGUGAAAGGGCAGGGGAUGAUUAGUUUUAUACACAUAGCAACAAAUGUGAAAGCAGUGGAGCUUGAUUUGUAUGGAGAUGUGACUCUUGAUGCUUGCUGCCAGAACAUUGCUUCUGAUGAUGAGAUAUGGCAGUAUGUCAUGGAGAUGUCGGUGCUACUCGUUACUUGCAUUCAAAGAGACAAUCCCCGUAGCUCGUGGUUUGAGAAGAUUCUAAAUGAGAUGUUGAGCCAUUUGGAGCGACAACCAAGGAAUAAGGAGAGACGUAUUGCAUGGCUUAAAUUUAUUGAGCCAGUCUUCAAUGCUAUUGGCCUUUUGUUAUUAGCUCAUUUUAGGCGUAUUUUCCCACUUUUCUUCCAAUGGAUGCAUGUUGAUGAUGAUGAAACAAUUCUGCUGCUUCUCAAACGGGUUCAAACAGUUGUUAGGUUAACAUGGGUACGGAACACACCAUAUGUCGGAAGAUUGGUAGAUGAACUUGUUGUAUUAUUCAAAGAAGCAGCAUUGAGAAGAGCACGAGAAGAUAUUCGAACCGAUAUUCUUAAUAUACUAAUCAUGCUUCAGCAAUGCAAAGGUCAACAGUUUGAAACAGCCUGGAACAAGUACAGGGAUGAUCCAAACUUGACCGCCCUAGCUCGCAGUCUAUCAAGUGAACCAACUUUCAAAGCAGAGAGUGAUUCUGCUGCAGGUGGCGCUACGGCGGAGUUAGAGCCAUUGACAAUUGAAUGAGAUAAGUUUUCCCAUGUACAUUCACUCUCAUAAUUUUAGUUUGGAAACAAUGUUUGUGUAGUUCUGGAUUUAGGACAUGAAGAUGUUAACAUGUCAAUGAUCAGUGAUGACAUGUUUGAAAGGAUAUGGAAAUCAUGGAUUCUUAUCAUUCUCUCGAUG